AUGGCCUCUUCUCAAUCCUCAUCGGGAUCCCUGUCUAGCCGCGCUCGGCAUGGGUACCCCGAACAGAGGCCUGUGCCUCAACUGGAGACUUUGAUUUCCCACCUCCUGGCCGCAAAGAGAUCUCUCUCCUCAAUCAACCAUGUAUGGCGUGCCAACGAAAUUGUCACAGCUUCACGUUCCACUCUUGAGGAAGGUGUGGUCGUGUCUGCCAGGACCGGUUUCUUGCGCCGAGGCCUCAACAGUCAACUGCGACUUCUUUACAAUGUCCGCUCCGGGGUGGAGGAAAUCUCGUAUCGUGGGCGAGACGAGUUUUCUGAGGCACUGAAGAGCCUGGACGCAGCUGACGCACAGCUCAGGAAGACUUUGGACCUUCUACGUGAGACUAUUGUCCAUGCCUCGUUUCGGCCGAAAGACGAGGACCCCCGAACCUUGCAUGACUUUGUGGAUGAAAGGGGUGUGGAAGAGUUACAUUUAGCCAUGAAGAGCUCUAUCGACCGCACGAAUACGGCACGCGCCGAACUGGAUACGUCCAAUAGCGAAUUCGACGCUGAGCUCCGCUCCAUAAAGCAGGCCUUACGCCACUAUCGCACGGCCACCAAACUGGCAUCCUCGCGAGUCUCGACAUCGUCAUCGUCAUCCUCGUCCGCAUCUGAUUCCGGCCUUCUUACUCUAUCAUCAAUGCCGGGAAUGCUGCAGUCCUUGGAGACACACGCUCAGGAGAUGGCUAACCUUCUUGAAUCUCUCGUGCGUCAUUUCGAUCUCUGUGUGACUGCCGUUAAGCACACCGAGGGUGGUGGUGCUGCGGCGCGGUCAAUCACUGGCGACAUGCCCGCCGGUGUGCAUACCAGCGGUGAUGGGAUGCCGAAUAUCGGAGAAGAGAUAAAUGCCAACCUAAACGCGCCUCUGGAUCCUUUGACAGACUCAGAGUAUCAGGAAAUGGUAAAUGUCCUGAUGACAGAUGCCAACGAGGCGGAAGAUGUGGUCAUGGAAAUUCAAGACCGCAUUGGCGAAAUGGAAUCAGUCUUUGAGCAAGUCCUUGCACAGCGCGAUGCGCUCAUGUCUGUUUCAAAGGCUACCAUCGAGGUCCACCGCCAUCUUUCCACUCUUGCCUCCUCGCAAUUACCUCGAUAUAUCGCCCAAGCGCACAAUUUCACUCGUGUAUGGCACGAAGAAAAUGAUCGCAUUAGCUCUGGCCUUACGGAACUUUCCGAUCUCCACUCCUUGUAUGAUGGAUUUUUGAACGCUUACGACAGCCUGAUUCUUGAGGUCACUCGUCGCAAGCAUGUUCGUCACCGAGUGGAAAAGGUCCUUCGGGACACUCAGCACAAACUCAGCCAGCUCUAUGAGGAGGAUAUGGCUGCUCGCGAGGCAUUCCGCGUUGACCAAGGCGACUUUCUUCCCUCUGAUAUUUGGCCAGGUGUAGGUCGAGCCCCGAUGCAGGUGAAAUUUCUCCGUCGCUCAGGGGGCCACCUGGAAGGUGCUCUUACGGGAGAAUCUGAGCCAGAUCAUCCUGUCAGCAGUGAUCUUGCAGAAGACACCAAAACCAAAGAGCUCGACGACAGUGCAGAGGGCGAACACAUCCCUGAAUUGCCUAAAGAUGUGGUCGAGCAGGCGUAUGCGCGCCUCAAAGCGCGGACCCAAGGCGUUGCUUAA